AGGAUACUAAUUAUCUCCUUUGUUAUCUCCUUGUGCUGUUAGCUAUUUAACCGACAGGACUCCAGGAACCAAGUAUGUCUUUUUAGCGGUACCGCUUGUUUUUGCCACCCUCAAAAAACAGCCAAAAGCAUCCGAGCAACAACAACAGCCAGUUCCGAAGUCUGGUCUUUGAAUUGGAGUCGUCUUCUAUCGCUCCGUCUCUUCGCCUUUACCAGCAACGACAUAGAUGCUUCCAUUGACGCUGUAGAAGAGAUGCUGGCAUCCAUUCACUCUGCUACUAGCGUACGAUUUGAUCAUACAACACAUCACACUAGCAAUACCACAGCCGCCGCCGCCGCCUCUGCUUCCGCCAACAACCCGACUAGUAACAACGCUAUCAGCAACAACAACAAUAAUAGAAUGAACAGCGCCGCCAUGAACCGCAGCCGCAGUGCCCGCAACGUCAUGGCGCGGACGCUGCCCAUCCUGGAACGGGGUGGAUCGACCCGCAACUUUCGAGAGUUGCCGCCCGAUCGACGUCGUUCGGCCAUGCUGAUGAUGGAGAGUCCUGGAUCGACGCGCAACAUGCGAUCGCUGCCCGAGAAUCGAGUGCGGCAACGGAGUAAUUCGACUCGACGCUUCUUUGUCGCGGACCAAGCGUCCCGCAGCAGCCAAUCAGCCGGAGGAACGACUAUCAGCAACGCUUCGUCGUCGUCGUUGAGCAAUCAAUUUCGACGCAUCAAUUUGGAACGAACCGAUUCAGCGAGUUCCAUGGGUUCCAUGCAGUCCUGGGGGUCGAUGCGGUCACUGGGAUGUGGCACGGAUGACAAUGGCGCGGACGACAGUGGACACAACACCAAUCAUGACUCGACCCUCUCCAUUCUCUCCAUGGAAUCGCUCUCCAUUGCGACACCCACCAGCCAGAUCACCAACAACGGCGUUCGACAAUAUAGCUUUCACAGCAAUCCCUACUACCUCGGCAGUGGCAACAGCGGUCAUAACAACAACAACAACACUAACGGCAGUGUCACGACGGAAACAGACGACAUGAUGUCCUUGUAUUCGAGAGACUCGGUCAAAGUACGACAGAAUCAAAUGGAGCAAUCCGUCUCAUCGCUCUCCUUGUCGGCUCAUGCCAUCCAGGCUGUUGCGGCCGUCUGUCGUACAAGUAUGGAACCCGACGAUGACAUGUUCUCCUUUGCGUCCGCGUCCGAGUGCACCGUCUACUCGUUCGAUCGACAUCGACCACUCAAAUCAGUUCACACAUCUCCGACUUCUGCGCAAUCGCAACAACAGUGGUCCUGAAUUCAAUAAACGCGGGUCGUCUGUUAUUCAUUCCGAUUUGAUUCAACAUUCUCAUUGUGACUUCCAUAAGAUCAGCAAGUCUUUCACUUCUCUAGCUUCAUCCUCCAUUAGUUUGCUACGACGGUAGCGGUAUUCCGCUGUAAGACUUUACUAGAAAAUUUACAUCUAUCUCUU